ACGUACAUCUAAAUACAGAAACAAGAUGGCGUCUCGCACUCAGUGUUUGUUAACUUUCUCUAGGGCGUAUAGUUCGAAGGCCGACAAAAAUGUGGCCUUCCUCGGCCUUGGCAAUAUGGGAGGUUACAUGGCUGCCAACUUAGUGAAAAAGGGCUUCAUGGUUCGUGGAUAUGACCCUUCAAAGGAGGCAGUCAAUAGCGCCGCCAAAAAUGGUGUCACUGGUGCCAAUUCCAUAGCAGCGGCUGUCGAUGGCGUCGACGCUGUCGUGUCGAUCUUGCCAAGCAAUCAAGUUGUAUUGGAUGCUUACUUAGGGAAGGAUGGUGUGGUAGCUCAUGCACCUAAAGGAGCUCUACUGAUCGACUCAAGUACAGUGGACCCAAACGUGCCCAAAAAGAUAUUUCCCGUAGCAAUAGAUAGUGGAGUUGGAUUCAUCGAUGCACCAGUCUCGGGAGGUGUGAUGGGAGCACAAAACGCGACUCUCGCUUUUAUGGCCGGUGGUCGUAAAGUAGACUUUGAUAGGUCAUUACCGAUGCUCGAAGCGAUGGGCGCCAAGCAGUUCCACUGCGGUGACGUCGGCGCUGGACAGGUAGCCAAGUUGGCCAACAACAUGCUCAUGGGUAUCACGGGCAUGGCAACCGCUGAAUGUAUGAAUAUGGGCAUCAAAAUGGGUCUCGAUCCUCAAGUAUUACUGGACGUGCUAAACAACUCCUCAGCUCGCUCUUGGUCUACAGAAGUAUACUGUCCAGUACCUGGACUGGUCCCGACCGCUCCCUCAAGUAGAAAUUAUGAUGGUGGCUUUAAGAAUGAACUUAUGGUUAAGGAUCUGGAGUUGGCCAGCGGUAUGGCACUCGGAAUCCGGUCACCCAUCCCCCUAGGCGCAGUCGCAACGCAACUGUACCGCAUUGUACAAUCCCGAGGAUAUGGACAAAAAGAUUUCUCUUUUGUGUACCAACUUCUAAAAGAUGAAGUUGGAAAGAAUUAACUAGUAUUAUAAAUUAUUGUUAAAUUUUAAUAUUGUUUCUUUUAUAAUGGGAAAAUCAAUAUCAUGACUCACUAC